AUGGUGCCUGGUGCACAUUCUCGGAUCAAGCGCAAAGUUCUGAACGCUGUCAAAGCCCCUGAGGAGUCCGAGACAGAAAGAGAGCUGCCUGUGCUGCCAGUGCUUCAGAAGGUUAUGCAGGAUAAUGAGUGGCCUCGGGAGGACAUAUUUGACUGCACUGAUGGAUUCAGUCUGAGCAGCACUGGAGUUUCGAGAAGUGGACUCUUCCAGGCAAUUGAGACCGCGUACUCCGGUCACCACAACCUACAUCUAAGGCCGGAUGACAUCAUGCUGGCGAUUGCGCAGGGCGUCAGCGCGCAUCUUUCUUACAAGGACAACGCUGAGAAGUACCGCAAGGUCUUUGUCGACCACGAUGGGAAGGAGACAAUCAAAGUGGAUGCAACACAAUCCUUGACAGGUGACUCCCGUCUCCUCAAAUGGCCGAGAUGCGUCCAGCUGAUCGUCGACCAACUGAAUGAGCGCGUGAAAGGGGACACGUGUCAGCUCCUCGUGAACGACUUCUCGACGACUGACGACAUCUCGAAGACGGCCAGUCAGGUGGUGCUCAUGGACACAAUGAAGCACUACUUCGAGUACAUCCUAGACAUAACUUGCGGCAUCCCUGCGGUCAAGCUCCAAGGAUCCCUUGAGGACUGGCAUAGGCUAUUGGCCAAGGCACGUGCCCUGCGCGCGCUUGAGAUCGGCCUGGACAGGUGGCUGGACGAUCUGGAACCGGUGCUCGAAAAGCUCAUCGAUACGUACUCGGGGAACGUGGACCAAGACUGGUGGAGCCGCGUUCUGACAGGGAGAGAGUCGUACGGAUCGGGGGGGCCGAGGAGGUACUACGACGGCUGGUUCAGCGCCUUCUUUCCGUACACUGCAGAAGGCGAUCCAACGGACUUUGAGCGGGGGAUGGCCGCCGGGAAAUACCAAGCGGGAUGGCUGUUUGUCCGUUUCAGAUCUUAG